AUGUCAAGUUAUCCCGGCCAGGGGCCAAAAUCGAGGGUAACAAAGGUGAAGCCGAUCUUGAGGAAGCUGGCGCAGAGCGAGAAGAGCUCGCUGGACCUGGAUCGGCCGUUGGCAGAGCAGGAUGGGCUGGGGAUUUACGAUUAUGGAGCGCCCACUCGCUCGGUACACGAUGUGGUCUUCCAGUCAGGUAGGAGGGGAUAUCACAACCGCAGCGCCAGUGGCACAUCUCAGUUUUCAACGGCGACGUCGAACUCCACGGGCCAGCGAACUGGUUCGUUCGUCCAUCCCUUCCAGCAGACACCUCGCCCUCACACGCCGCCUCUAGCAGCAUCACACAAUUCACUACGAGAGAGCGACCCUUUAGACAACCCAGCUCUGGCUGAAGAUGAGGACCACCACCGCCAUCACAUACGAAGCACCUCGAGCAUCUCGAACCGCACACCUUCUCUGACCAGCACCAUCACUCCGAUUGCAAACACGCACCCGCAACCACUGCUCCGGAUCCAGACCAAACAGUCCUCUUCGCGGAUAGCUCUUGCUCCUUCGCACACCAGUCUACACAACCACCUUACUCCCCUCUCUCCUGUCGAUCUUACAUCGUCGCUCGACACCAUGUCACCUACCUCUGCUAUUCGCACGUCCUUUGACAAGGGCUUCCGCCUGCGCUCUCGUAGUGAAGUCGAUUCCCGUGAACGCGCCCUCACUAUCCAAGAAGCCCGUCGCCGCUUCCAGGAGAAGGAGCAGGCCAAGGAUGAGAAAGCCGCGCGUGAGGAGGUCCGCCAGCUUGAGAAGCGCAACCAGAAGGAGGCUCAGAGGAUGGAGCGCUCGCACCGCCAGUCCUCUGCCAGCACCAGCGAAGGCACACGCUCCAAGCGCUCGAAAUCCGAUCUCACAAUGCAGAACGAGAAGCUGGCGGCAAACGACCUGUUCGUCCGUAGUGCCCCGGGUCGGAUUCCCCCCUACGUGCCUGCUGAGGAGGAGCAGGCUGAACCACUCCCAAGACGCAGCUAUUCGGCGACAAACAAUGCAAAGAAGAGAACCCACUCUGCAUGGACCAAGCUCAUGAUGUGGAUCCGUACCCGCUUCAUCCGCAUGAAGGGUCGCGCGCGUCCUGCUCCUCCUCCAAAUCCCUAUUAUGGCUAUGGUGCACGUGCACACCAGUGA